GGGAGUGACGCAGUUAUUGUAGAUCUAUUGAUACUCCAUGCUUUUCUCAUAUGACCUGAAAUCAUAAUAUUUUUGAGGCGUUUCGGAAGCACAAACAGGGAUUCCUGCUCCGAACCGGAGGCUGUAUGAGGGAUCCGCGCGCCCCUUGAAUUUGGAUGCCAUCCCGGUUGGAGGUUGCGGUGAACCCCGAGGACUAGAUGCGAUAACCAGGAGGAGACAUGCCGCAGCCGAAAUCACGAAAGAUCGCCAUCCUCGGGUACAGAUCCGUGGGAAAGUCCUCCCUGACCAUCCAGUUUGUGGAAGGCCAGUUCGUCGACUCCUACGACCCAACAAUAGAAAACACAUUUACUAAAAUGAUAACAAUAAACGGACAAGAUUACCACCUCCAGCUCGUAGACACGGCGGGACAGGAUGAAUACUCCAUCUUCCCUCAGACCUACUCCAUAGACAUCAACGGUUACAUCCUGGUCUACUCCGUCACGUCGAAUAAAAGCUUUGAAGUCGUACAAGUUAUCCAUGAAAAACUGUUGGACAUGGUGGGGAAAGUUCAGGUUCCCAUCAUGCUCGUCGGGAACAAGAAUGACCUACAUAUGGAGCGAGUAAUCAGCUGUGAAGAGGGAAAAGCGUUAGCCGAGUCCUGGAACGCCGCCUUCAUGGAGUCCUCGGCUAAAGAGAACCAGACGGCCGUGGAGGUUUUCCGAAGGAUGAUCCUGGAGGCAGAGAAGAUGGACGGCGGCGUGCAGCCGGGAAAAACGUCCUGCUCCAUGAUGUAGAGCCGCCCAAUCAACACACAGGACACUGCACUGGGAUAUCCCGUUACUUGAAGGCUAGCUGCCAGUUCUCCUCCACCUCAGCUGACUCCACCCCCAGGGUCCUAAAUAUCCAAUACUGUCUAUUUAUGGCUCUGACUCCACUGUUGUUUAUCAGUAUUUCCUCUCCCCCUUUUUUGUCAUCCUUGUUUUUAUUUGUGCGUUUGAUGAAAUAAGAAAAGGAUGAGUGACGGCUCCCUUUGUCUGAUAUUUCCCGCCAUCUAGCCUUCCGUCUCUGUGCUCGGCACCGAUGCAAAACACAGAACUCGGUUUGGAUGUAUCAGAAAAAAUGUCCCCCGCCUCAGAAGCGACAGCAGCUGUAACCCAGACCGGAGGUCGUAGUGGCUUGACGCAUCCUAGCUUCUCAUUAUGCAGCUUCCAUUUAGGCUUGUUUGAAUCAGCGCAGACGGACCGGCGAGUCGGGGCCAGAGCGCCCCGGCGCCGCCGGACGGACGCACGUUUCUUCUGAUACAUCGCCAGCUGUUUGUUCCUUCCAAUAUACAGCUCUUUUUCUACUUCAUCGGAACCCUCUCCUCUGUCCCCUCAGUUUGUUUAUUAGCGGUUACUGUCAGCCAAAAAUAGAAAAAAUACAAUGAAAUAAUAAUUUAAAAAAAAAAAAAAAAUCUGGAUCCAUUUUCUAAUGUUGAAAAUGUUGUACAAAUGUUUUUGAUUGUAAUCAUUAAAGCAAAAAGUGAUUA